UUGUGGGAGUUGUGGUCCCUCCCCCGCCCGGCUCCGCGGAGCGAGCACAGCGGCAGCAGCGGGGGUCGGGGCCGGGGAGGCAGCGGAGGAGGAGGCAUCCCCGCGAGGCGGCGGCCAGGAGGAGAGGAGGAGGAAAAGGAAAAGGAAAAGGAGGGGGCGGCCAGCCACCCCCACCCUCCCAGGCUGGGCGGGCCGAGGGCGGAGGCAGCCCCCGGCCCCGGGCGCGGCCAGAGCCAGGUUGUCGAGAACAAAGUGCCGUGUAAACCGUGAAAUGCUGUGUGAAUGAGAGAAUACGGAGCUACCUAACUGAUUUCCAAUCAAGGACCAAGUACCUUCUCGAGGUCUAACCCAGCAGACGUCUCAUCUCCUCUCUCAGAGAUUCCAAAGAGAAGGAUGCUCAUGGCUGACACCAGAGAGCAACGUGGCCUUGAGCCGCUUCGGGACUAUUGGAGAAUGACUCGUCCCAGCUAAGGAACCCAACUCUGCCUGGUCUGCCCCCUCCCUCCCCUCCCACGUGGCAAUGACUUUGGCCAGAAAUGAAGAGGUGGUCCGGCGUCCCGGGAUUCGUCCAUGAAGCCCAGGCCGGCGUGCAGGGAGCAGCCGCAGCCAUGCCUUCCCCUUCCUGAGCCCCCUCUCCUCCUCCGUGCUGCCCUGCAUGGUGUGGGUGCCCUUGGGACAUCCAAGGACCAAUCGCCUGACCAUCCUCCGCACGUCUAACAACAGCUGCACGAAGAUGUCGGUGGCGUGGCUGCUGGACUGGAGCUGGUCGCUGGACGGACUCCGGGACUGCAUCGCCACCGGCAUCCAGUCUGUGCGGGACUGCGACACCACGGCGCUGACCACGGUGGCCUGCCUGCUGGUGCUGUUCGUGUGGUACUGCUACCACGUGGGCCGCGAGCAGCCUCGGCCCUACGUCACCGUGAACGCGCUCAUGCAGAGCGCGGACGUCAACGGGCUCCAGAACGGCUACGUGUACUGCCAGUCCCCCGAGUGCGUGCGCUGCACCCACAACGAUGGCCUCAACCAGAAACUCUACCACAACUUGCAGGAGUACGCCAAGCGCUAUUCCUGGUCCGGCAUGGGCAGGAUCCACAAGGGCAUCCGCGAGCAAGGGCGCUACCUGAACAGCCGGCCGUCCAUCCAGAAGCCCGAGGUCUUCUUCCUCCCCGACUUGCCCACCACUCCUUAUUUCUCCCGGGACGCGCAGAAGCACGACGUGGAGCUGCUGGAGCGCAACUUCCAGACGAUUCUGUGCGAAUUCGAGACCCUCUACAAGGCUUUCUCCAACUGCAGCCUUCCGCAAGGAUGGAAGAUGAACAGCACCCCCAGCGGGGAAUGGUUCACCUUUUACUUGGUGAACCAGGGGGUGUGCAUUCCCAGGAACUGCAGGAAAUGCCCACGGACGUACCGCUUGCUCGGCAGCCUUCGCACCUGCAUUGGUAACAAUGUCUUUGGGAACGCGUGCAUCUCGGUCCUGAGUCCCGGGACGGUGAUCACCGAGCACUAUGGACCUACCAAUAUCCGCGUCCGAUGCCACUUGGGUCUGAAGACACCCAGUGGCUGUGAGCUGGUGGUAGGAGGAGAGCCCCAGUGCUGGGCAGAGGGCCGGUGCCUGCUGUUUGAUGACUCUUUUCUGCAUACUGCAUUCCAUGAAGGUUCAGCAGAAGAAGGGCCACGCGUGGUUUUCAUGGUCGAUCUGUGGCACCCGAAUGUGGCAGCGGCUGAACGCCAGGCCCUUGAUUUUAUCUUUGCUCCAGGACGAUGAGCCCGUCUCUGUGCUGGAGUGGGUCAGAGGGACAGAGGCUUAGCCUGGGAAGGGCUCCGGCACAGUGUGCCCCUUGCUGAGGUGGCACUGCCAUAGACAGAAGCCUGCCUCAGUAGAAAGCUUUCCUUUGGGAUUCAUGCCAUGUUGUAUUUCUCUCUUCCUUGGUUAUUGUAAAUGGAAGUUUCCAGCUUGUAUUUUCUUAGGUUUGGUUUUUUCCAAUCAUCCGCUCCAGGGGUUUCUUUCGAACACAUCUCUGCAUUGUUUUCUCUCCGUGACUAGGUACAGUCCCCCUGUUGUCUUAUGUUGCUCCUGUGUUUAGAAGUGUUAAGUAUCAGAGUAACCACAAGGUUGUUUGUUAAAUGUCAUCAUGUGAAAAUUCUUGUGGUCGUCUUAAAAAAAAAUAACAAAACGAGGAACAAAACCAGAGGGCUGCCAAGCGAGCUCAGCUCAGCGUCUGUUGCUGUUCUGAUCAUGACCACAGCCGCCCAGGGGCCAAAGGGACACGGCCUCCGGCCCCAACCCCAGGCUUCGGGGGCUGUUGGGCACAGCGUUUGGGGCAGCUUCAGGACCUGGGGAAACGGCACUCCUGUGCACCGCUGCUGUUUGGCUGGUGAUCUCAAAGGGCAUUUAGACUGGUGGAACUGGAGACUUUUUAAACAUCCCUUUCCUACCGAGCUGAAGCUGGUCCCUUUGGGCCCACUCCUGGCUUCCCAAGGCCCAGGCCCAGAGAGGGUGAUUCUCUUACCUCACUGCCUACAGAAACCCCACUGCCAAAUCGGGCAUGAAGUAUUCCCAGAGUGAGUUCUUUUCAGCCAACUCGUGCUCAAGGUAGACUGCAGGUUAGCUGGAAGGCUCUAUGAGGAAAAGGAAUCGCUUGGUCGCUGACAUUCCAGGGAGGCCUCUCCAGCAAAGCUGGAAGCUGCCACUUGACCGGUCUCUGUUCUGCUUUGGGGUUUCGUCACCCACGAUGCUCAUUUCUUGUCUGUUGCACAAACGUCCGCCGUCUGGACGCGGGGUGGCCUCUGGAUGUGGCCUGGCCCGGGCUGGCCUACUCCAUGGUCACUGCCAACUGAUUGUGUGGGCUUCUUAACGACGUGGCGUCGAUUAACCCCCAAAGCACUCACGGCCUCUUUCCCAAAGCGCCAGCCUUCAAUGAAGGAUGUUCGGUCCUGCGUCUGGACAAAGGGCCGGAGACUGGCCCGGCAGGACGGGGUCGUGUCACCUGGGGGCUCGGUGGUGAGGAAGCUGCCUCCUGUUGGCCUCGCUCGCCCAUUGCACUAAAUGCCUUUAUCCAAGCGUGUGUCCUGGUCAGGAUGGAUGGGGAAGGAGCGGAGGCCCAGCACAGACUAAGCAAGGGGCGUCAUCCCCUCAGCGAAUAUUCUGAGCAGAAAGCUCCUGGGAAGAGCACACAGAGAGCAGCGAAUUUACUGGAAAGGCCCUUGCAGCGGUCACUAGCCAAUAUGCAAAGGAAGUGUUUAAACAGAAGAAACAUUUCUGUGCUUUUUUCAAUAACCGGAUGGUGGGAAACGGCAGAAAUUUCAACUACACCUUAAGGAUUUUUACACCUGACAACAACUGAGGUGCAUGAUUUCUACACAUAUUGAACACUCUAAAAUGAGUCAACAAAGCAAAUAGUAUUUAUAGGUAAACCGGUUACCUGAAGGAGCGUGGCCUGGAUGUGGAGCAGGAGAAUAAUAAAGAACUUGGCUGAAAACCA